CUGGCUUGUUCUUUCAAACUGAAAAAUUCGCAGUCGCGCUUUGGUUGUGCAGUAUUUUUUGUAAGCCGUUAUUUUCAGAUUCCUCAAAGUUGUGCAGAUUUCGCAACAAUCGCUUCUCGACAGGCUUAAUUUGACGAUAUAUCGAAAAAGGUCAAACAAAACGCUUUUAAAAGAACCGGAUUUUCAGAAGUAGCACCUCAGGCUGGGAAGAAUCUGACCCAACUACCAAAGUAGAUCUAAAUGGAUUCCUUAAAGCACGACCUCGACUCCGCGCUGAAGCCAGCAAGUGACCGCCAAAAUAUGGUCGGUCAGCCUACCACGGUAAUAGAGUUCUACCGUGAAAGCUUCAAAAUAUUUAAAGACUGCCAACAAUAUUUUGGAAAAGCAAGGGAAGCGAAAACAAAGUUGAACAUACUCAAAAUCGACGACAACCACGAAAAUGAAGAGAUGAGGCGCAAUUUGACAAAGUUUGCCAAAAGAUACUCUGAGCUAAUCAGUCGACUACUUGCAAGCGAGCAUAUAGGCAGGGGAGAGAGACAAUUGUUCGAGGAAGCAUAUUCUAUUUGGCGUUUAUGUGAAAUACUGUAUUUCCCAGAAGACCCAAUAUCGCCUAUCGCUCCAGAUUUGUUGAAUUGGCUAGAGAUGCAAGAUACAGACUUCGUUUCCAAAGUUGAGACCACUAUCGCACAGCCUAUAGGUGACCUAGAGAAUAUACCGUGGGAUGUCAUUCAACGAGCGACAAUUCACGGAAACCUCGCUGCCGUGAGUGCUCUUUUGGAGUCAAUUGCAGACACUUGCCCUGAAUUCUACCGAAAUAUGAUCUUCGACGUUAGACAGUUAAUUGAUGACAAACCAGAUUUGCCCGCCAAAGCAAACGUUGCUAUUAUAGCAAGCUAUGUUCGAGCAUGGCGAACUUGGGAUCAAGAAAUACAAGAUAAAAUUUUGGCACUGGAUCCGCAAUGGGGUGAAUAUGAACAAUGUUCUGAGAAGCAAGAGGAUGGCAGCCAGCAGAGUAACGACUCUAAAUACGACAAUGACUACGAAUCAGUGGGCGAAAAGAGAGAUGCUGCCUACCGAGGAGAUAUCGACGAUUCAGUAGACAAACUAAUUCGAGAUCAUUUGAUCGAAAUUCUGGAAAUUGUCAAUGGCAACCAUGAUACUAUUUGGCGACUGAGCGAGGAUUGGUUGGAAGGCGUUAUAGCUAUCAUAGUUUAUGCUCAACCGACCAUUGCCAGAAGCGACAUUGGCGAAUUAAUAAGUCGAAACGACGGCAUCAACUCGAGCACAAGCCCUCUCAUGGACAUAUACCACUCCUUUUUAUCAUUUGAUAUACCUCUGGGUCUCAGUUUAUGCCGACCCUGGUGGCUAACGGCGCACUUGGACGAUCUUUUGAAAUACACAGAUUUGCUCAACGAUCAGUGUGAAGCUGGAGAAGCUUCGAUGGAUGAAUAUUCCAAAGCUGAAUACGCACGACUACUCGUGGAGAGUUAUCAAGAAUGGCCGUUAGCAAUUGAGUAUCUUUCUUGUUGCCCUACUCAUGGCAGCGAAUGGAUAUCAGAGCUUGUGCAAACUACAAAGUUCACCUCGGCUCAAAUGGCAGAAGACGUUUACACCUUAUGUAGCGAAAAAGGUAUCAAGGAAGUAGCAGGCUCAAUAUCGGCUGCUUUGGCCGACCAGCUCAUGGUAGACAAAAAAUACUCUGAAGCGAUUCGCCACUAUCUAGAAGCGGGUGAAAUCGGUAAAGCUGAAGGCGCGUCUUCCAAAGUGUUGGAUGAGUACUUGUCUACGGGUCAAAUAGAACUGCUGAAAAACAUACCACAUACGGAGGGCUGUCAUACAUCCGAGGGCUGUUACUGGGUUUUGAUAGAAUAUAACGAAUUUCACAAGCUAUACAAGCGUGGCGAUUAUGCAAAAGCUGCCAAAGUUCUUUCCAGGAUCAUGAAUUCGCAGAAAACUCCCAUGAAAUUUUGGCCCGCACUUUUGCUUGACGCUUUGGUGUUUUUAGAAGGAGAAGAGAUGUACUUUGACGAAGAACAGACUUACAAAAUGAUGGGAUGUCUGGAGGAUUUAACUAUGGACGAAGAUAAAGAAAAGUAUCUCCAAUCUUUAAAAAUCAGAAUCAAACAUGUCAAAGCCGAUGCAAGCGACAAGGAUGCCGAUAGCAUUGUGGAAAUGUUGCGAUUCGCUUUAUCAAGGAACCUGGCAAGAUCCGUAUCCCAUUAAAAUACAUUUCUAAACAACUGUACCAUAAACACUCCUUCGUCAUGAGCAACGAACUGUAAUCAAAUAAACUCUAGUUUUCAACUUGGGGUUUCUGACACACAUGAUAAAGAACAUUUGCAGAUGGG